GCUUCAUCCUAGGUCUCCAAUUGAAUUACACCCGUUCUUUACCUUGCUAAUUUCAAUCUCGAAUUCUGAUUCGCAGUCUCGUUGGUGCUUUUCAUUUGCAUUCGCGAUGUCUCUUCAUAUCGAUAGGCAUUAGUUUAUUCGAGCACACUUGUAGAUCAGAUUUUUGUUUCUUUCGAGUUUCGGUUUCAAGCAAUUGCCAGUACAGUUUUCGAGAACAAUAGGUCUACUACAACGUGUGGCUCCACAUUGGGUUUAGGGUUUAGGGAAGAUGGUGCGGUGCCGGGCGUUCAGGAGCUGCAGUUCCGUGCUGGAUCACAAUGUGACCUAUGAUCGGUCGCUCAGCGGUCCCUUCUUCCGCCACGCAAUGCGGCCGUCGAAGCGAGACUGAGGCAAGCCGCCAGCGCUUGUCAUGGCGUCCGGUAUCACUUCGAACUCGAAGAAGCAAACUUCGCACCAGCUGAACCAGCAGCGAUACCCGGAAAUAAGUACUUACACAACCCGACCGGCCCCGCCGUCGCCUAGGGUUUAGGGUUUUGCGGAAUAGUGGCCAGCAACUUGCUUCGGGUAUGACAAUGGGCAACGACGGCGCGUCGACGCCAGGAGCUGGCGCCGUCAAUUCUAGAGCUGCUACUUGAUUGACGCCAACACCAGAUUGGUCGUCGAUUCCAAGCGAGCGCUGUGGUUGCUCCUCCUGCGAAAGCAAACGCUCUUACAGGCGCUGCCAGUGGAGAGAGGAAGCGUCUCAAGGCACCUCACUCAGACAGGGCAAUCACAUCGCCUGCAGACAACGUCCAGAGUGGCUAUCGCGCUGAGCGAAUUGCCGACCGUAAGCAAGCGGACGCCUGGAGCUCGGGGGAAAGAUAUGGCAAGUAGAAGUGAAGAAGUAUCUGACGAGUCAGAAAAUGAAAUGUCCAGACACAAAUGAAACUGAGCUGAUUGAUGCAGGCCCGCUUCCACUGAGUGCUCGAAAACAGGGCUCGCAGCGGUAUACUUUGGUGCCACUUUUCGCAUUUCUGUUUUUUUUCUUGAAAAAAUAUCCGCCUGGCAGGUUGGGCUCGGGGGAAGGACACGGGAGAGCAAACUGGCCCGAGGAGUGGCGGUUUGUUCUCCAAGCUCGGGCACGGCCGACCGAAGAAACAUAUGGCCAAUGUGUUCGACUGCGCAAAACCGUUUUGUCAAAACGCAAUGGCGCGAAAUCAGCCGAACCCGAUCCGACGGAUAUACAAAGCGUACCCAACGUGCAUCAAGAAGAACACGACGCAGGCAAUGCCGACCCAACAUUCCAUUCGAUUUUCAGCGGUUCCACGUGUGCGUAA